ACACACAAUACCAAAUUAAAUGAGGGGAUGUGAGGUAGCUAAAGUUAUUUUCGAGCAAUGUUCCUGUGCCCACGAAGAGAUCUGGCACAUUUGGGAACCUAUGAGCGGCUGGUUCGCAUUAGUUCAGUCCUCGAGUCCGUGAAUGUUUGCCUUGACCCGUGAGCCUGCGCUACCUGUCCGCACAGACGCACUGCUCUGGGUUAUCCACGGAGGGGCACUGAGGCGCAGCGACGCUGCGGCUGUUUGUUCAGUCAGCAGUCAUUCAGCUCAUCCAGAAGAAGCUCUCAGUCCACUAGAGCAGGAGGCACAACACAGGCGCCGAGCAGCGGCCGUUUACAGUCCCAUAUCCCAAGUUUCUUCAGUUCAGCCGAACACGUUGAAAGGCUCCAAGUGCCGACGAAGCGACUGCUAGAAGGCGCCGGUCAGCGAAAUAAAACGGUUUUCCAUCGAUGCUUUUGACAGGUGCGUUUAGGAACUGGAGCCUCGGUAAGAUGAAACCCUAGAUGCUCGCCAAGUUUAUUCAUGAUUGCGCAGGAGACGUGAUUUGUGAGCCGUGUUCGGACGUGUGCUGUGAGGUCUUUAUUCGUGUUUUGCACGGACUUCAUCUUCAUCGCGCUCAUCACGGCGGACAAUGAACGCGCUCUCGACGAAAUCCGCAACACUCACCGCGACGCGCGCAUUCGGAACUGCCUGCGGUAAGUGGAUCUGUCCAGCGAUGCACGUUUGAACCGGACAUGGAGCUGCCUUCGCCGUGUCUCCGAGUUGCGGUGCUGAUUUUCUGCAGCGCAGCGGCGCUGCUUCCUGGAUUCCUGCAGAGCGUGAAAGCCUCCAGAUGCGCUAGCCGAGCCUGCAGCCCACCUCUGGGUAACCUAGCGAGUGGCCGGACCCUCCGCACGCGGUCUUCCUGCUGCUCCCCCCUCGGCCCCACCCUCCUCUGCCCCGCCCACUCGCGACGCUGCCUGGACGAGCCCCACCCCCCUGCGCUGAUGGCAGAUGACCCCUUCCUCCACCCCGACACCUGGUGGGGGUCAGGAGCAGCAGCGUGGGGAGAGGACGAGAUCCGCUUGGACCUGGAGGCUCGGUUCUGCCUGACCCACGUGGUGCUGGUGUUCCGCUCACCGCGCCCAGCGGCCAUGACCCUGGAGCGCUCGCAGGACUUUGGAAGCACCUGGGAGACACUGAAGCUCUUCGCCGAGAACUGCAGCGCUGCUUUCGGGGUGCCUAAUGACAUGAGCCAGCAGGGGGCGCUCUGCACAUCCAGAUACUCCAGUGCUGCACCGUGCAUUGGAGGAGAGGUCAUAUUCCGAUCCAUGGGUCAGGGUGGCAGGCUGGAUGACCCCUACAGCCCGGAGGCUCUUUCUCUCCUGACCCUCACUAACCUGCGCAUACGACUCUUAAAGCCUCACCAGUGUCCUGCCCCAUCAGUCUUCCCCUCCAGGGGGCGCCACGUUGCUUUAUACCGGCAGGAAAACAUCCAAAGGUUCUCACCUGUCAUUCCUGAGCAGUCGCGGCCUAGUCUGGUCCACGAGACAGAUCCAGGCCCCUAUGCCAUUUACACACUGGAGGCCCGAGGAACCUGCCUCUGUCACGGACACGCGGAGCACUGCAUGCCUGUCGGACACGGAGGAGACGCUCCACAGAGCAGCAGUGUGGUGCAGGGCAGGUGUGUGUGCACUCACUACACGGCAGGUGCCCACUGCGAGAGGUGCAUGCCACUCUACAACGACCAGCCCUGGAGGCCUGCCAAUGGAAGCAGUGGAGAGCACAACCCCUGUCACAAGUGUGAGUGUCACGGUCAUGCUGACAGCUGUCGCUUCUCCCCGUGGGUGUGGCGCUCUACGGCUCGGCUGAGCGGCGGCGUCUGUGAUAACUGCCAGCACAACACGGCAGGCCGUAGGUGCCAUCGCUGUCGCCCGGGAUACCAUCGGCACCCGGCCAGACCUCUCAACUCACCACAAGCCUGUACACCCUGUUGGUGUGACCCAGUUGGCACAGUUCCGGCACAGAGCAGCAGUGAGAAUGCGUGGUGUCACCCGAGAAGCGGACAGUGUCACUGCAGGUCAGGGGUCGGGGGUACCAGCUGUGGCCACUGCCUGCCUGGCCACUGGGGUUUUGGGCCGGAGGGCUGCAGACCCUGCAAAUGCCCUUUGAACUGUGACCCCGUCACAGGUCAAUGUUUAGACAGGAAAGCCCAUGGCCAGUUUUACAGUGUUCCCAUUGGAGGCGACCUGACUCACUUUCAGCCACAUGAGGAGGCGUGGCCAAGAGAGCUGGCAGUCUCAGCCCUGCACCACACAGGGAAAUGCAGCUGCAAACAGAGGAAGCUGACGAGUGUGUCUGACCUGUGUAGUAUGAAACAUUCUUAUGUGAUGAAGGCCAGCGUACUCUCGGCCCACGAUAAGGGCACGCAUGCCGUGGUGAGGGUGAAGGUGCAUAAGGUGAUGCGCUCGGGGGUGGUGCCGCUCCGGCAGGGCACCCGCAGCCUGUACCCUCUGUCCUGGACCAGCCGAGGCUGCACCUGCCCCGUGCUCAACCCAGGGGGGAGAUACCUGCUGGCAGGCCCAGAAGAGGCAGAAUCGGGUCGCCUGCUCGCCACUGUGCAGAGCCUGGUGGCUCCGUGGACCCCUGCGGUCGGUCUCCUGGUCUCCGAGGCGGUGCAGCAGGGCUGCCUGUGAGUGCAAUGAGGCCCGAGGGCUUCCAGCAUGCUGAACCAGGCCAGGACGAGUCCUGGAUCAUAUAAAGCUCCUGCGUCACACCCCAUCAAAAGAGGUCGAGUUUGGACAGUGUGUAGGAGCACAAGGUGAAGUGAAGCAAAGCCGCGCUGGACCGUCUGGCCACUGUCUGUUUCUUUAUAUGGUUUGUUCUGCCUAGCUACAGAGUGGCCGUUUGACUCUUCUAAGAUCUGUGUACUGUCCAUGCUGAAAUUAUACAUUUCACUUGUGCUGUUCAUACUGGUUGUGUACUUAUGUAGACACACAUUAUCAAAGAUCUCUCAUAUUGCUGGGCAACUGUGUCACUAGGUUGUUAGAACUUCUGUUUUCAUUUAGCGCGUCAACAAAAGUGGCCACCAUUCCAAAAUAUUUUCCCUUUUUGAUGUUUUCCAGCUCCAUCUUAAGAUUAGCUAGGCUACUGGACUCCUGGACCAUUGUCAGUGUCUCGGUCCAGCACUAGGUCAAUCCAGGUCUAUCCAUCAAAAUCAAAGACACCAGCCUCCAGGAAAAGACUGCCAUACACAGACAGGGGCAGUUUUCACUCUGUUUUCGUUUAAUCACAUCAGGAUGAAUGAGGAAAUUAUGCAUUAAAUCUUUCACCGGCUGAGCUAUGAUCCUUACUAUAAAGGAUCCGAGUGUGUUCAGCACAGGGGUGCCCCCUAGUGGGCUAACUCGGUAAGAGGGAUGACUGAAAAUAAACUAGGCCUGAGUACAAAAGCUAGUAACAACUUUGAGAUCAAGGACACACAAACAUGGUUCAUAGACUGGAAAUGUGGAGGCGAAGAUGGUUUAUGCAUACAGGUCUUAGUCUACCCCCAACAGAACCACACACACGGGCCCUAGUCUCCACGGAACAGCACCACACAUUAUGAUGAUCCCACCUGACUGUUAUUACUCUGUAGGUCAGCUGAUUAAUGCCCAUGACAGCCUUGCUGACUGUGUACUCAGUUCCUGGUACCCAUCCACCCAGAUUGGAUAACUGGCCAAUCACAUCACAAACAAUUAUUGAUGGAAAUGGUAAAAUAGCUCUACACCCACCCACACCCACACACUGCCCCAUCUUUUUGAGCAUGUAAAACAUUGCUAUCUUAAGAAAAGUCUGCAGGGCACUGCUCCUGGUUUGUACAUGCCCAGUGGAGCUCACCUCACCUGUUACUGUCACAGACAAAAGGUUUUAUUAGGAGAGCAACAGUAUUCCAACCUCAACACAAUGUCAUCUGAGCAGCACUAGGCCCCCACUGUAGACUGAUCUGUGAACAUAGGUAAAAAAGGACAAAGCACCCAAGCAUAGCUAACGGAGGUAAAUGGACCAGGCUGACCUGAAUGAGAAUCAUGCGUCAGCUUCGUCAAUCAGAAAAGCUGAUUGGCAGACUGAAAAAAACAGUGUAAGGCUUUGACAGCAACAUUCAUUACUAUUAGUAGCAUUAAGAUCUAAUUAACAUCAGU